AUGUUCUUUUUUUCAGAAAUUCAUAGAAUGUCAAAACUGAAAAGGGACUUGGGGGAAAAAAAAAAGCAUCACAGCUGGAAGAAAAAGACUCCAGAAGCCACCCAAUAUAAACUUAAAUUUUAUAAGGAAAGAAAAUAAAGAUCAGACAUUUAGACAAUGACUUCACCAAAAUAAAAAAACAAAACAAAAUAAAAAACUAAGUGACAGAACAAGGCUGGAACCUGAGGCUUCUGUCUUUUAAAGUCUUGUAGACACUCAUCAUGUCUUUUGAAGUUUCUACCCUUGUGGGGGAUUAGGUUUACUCAUAAGAGGUUUUGAAAUAAUAGCCAAGAAAAUGCUAUAAAAGAAUUAAAACAAAGCAAAACAAGCAAACUACUUAACAUCCAUGUGAGGGAUUAUUGGAUUUUUACUUUGUUAGAAACAGCUUCAGAGAGACUGUUCUUCAGUCUCUGGAAACUGGAAACCUCUUCAAAUAUUUCCAAUGAAACUGAUUUUCUUGUUCUUCACACGAUACAGUCCAUGUCCUCUCAGUGUCUUUUUUAUAUAAGUUAUACCUCUUGUCUGGGAUGUUUUUCUCAUCUCUACCUCAUCGACUCCCUAGUUUUCUUCAAAACCAAGCGCGAAAUGAUGCUUUUCUCGAUUCUCGUCCCUCCGUCCCCAAUUACUUUUGUUCACACUUUGUAUUUAUUCUAACACGAAUGUUCAUGUCUGCCCCCCAAAAUGUAAGCUCCAUGAGGCCAGACAAAUUCAUUUUGUCUUUGGAUCACCAGCACUUAGUGUAAAGUCCGUGCUUAAUAAAAGUUAAUGAUUGGGACUCCCAGGAGAGAGGGACAGGUACUUGAGUGUUGUCUCCGAGGUGGAUUCCCCGAUGAGUGCCCAUCCCGAAGAGACAGAUGCAGGUCAGUCUAAGUAGAUGGAUCCCAAAUUCCAAGAGACCGAGAUUUUGGACUUGGCUUUUCACACCUAUCAUAGGUUCAGGAUUCCAGGAUUUACACUGCAAGACCCCACAUUCGCAAACUCCUCAUUAUAACCGUUUCCCCGUCUACACUAGAGAGGCCCAGGCCCAGGGAGUCCGGUGUCUGACGGGGCCAGUGGUUUUCGCUCCCGGGCUUCCAAGGCCAGUAAGCCCGGAGCAGGCGGAGUCGGGGGCGGGGCCGUGGCAGGAAGAGACCGGAGGGAGCCGCGGAGCCCAGCCGGGAGGCCAUCCAGUCGCUCGGGCUUCGGUGAGCAGCUGUGGGCCGGGCCGGGCCGGGCCGACCCGAGUCGAGCCGAGCCGGACCGGGCCACCGGGCUGGGAAGGAGGCCGCCUGCCUUCGGAUCCCUGACCUCAACCACCCUCGACUGCCGGACAGACUGUCGGGUUGAGAGCACUGCAGCCUGCAGCCCUAUUCCCAGACUCUCGGGGUGAGAGACGCUCCCAGGUCGGACGCCUGGGACCCAUCAUUACCUCGGGCUCCCGGGGAGGGGCGGGGCGGGUGGCCGCAUCGGCUGCCCCUAUAGCUCCACCGCCUUACCCGGGCUGGGACGCCUGCUCGCCUCUCCCUCGCUCUGCAAGCGUCUCCUUCCAGUUUGGGGGAGCACUUCACCCUUUCUUCUAACUAGGCUGCAUCCUGCCUCCCACCCCCACCCAGAUGAGCUGGGCGAGACUCCGGACUAUUUCCUUUCUCCCCAUCCUUUUCUCCCCCCGCAUGGGGAUAUCCUCAGCUUCCAAAUCGAACAGACCACGGUCCCUUCCUUUCAGCUGGCUGUAUCUGCCCCGCCUACCCUUUCACACCCUCAGCCCUCUGUCACCUCUACCCACCUACCCACCCAAAGUAGAGAUCGCCUCCGGCCAGACUGAGGUUUCCCCCUAUUUUUCCUCCAGAGCCAGGCUGGGCCCUUGGACCAUCCUCCCCACCCUAUUCCCGCCCUCAGCUUGAGUCACUUUCUCCGCCUCCCCUUUAAAACAUUCCUUACUCCCCCUCCCCAGUUCUGACAGACCCCGACUCCCUUCACUCUGGUAGAGCUUCCCUCCCCGCCUUCUCAAUCGAUUGCCCUUCAUUCGUUUCCUUCAGAGAAGCCCUUGCCCUCUCCAAUUCUCUGUCUUCAGUUUAAGGCCUCUCCUGGGCGGCCAGUCUCCUCCCCCAACCCCAUAUUUCCCCAGCCCCAACCUUGCGCCCCCGAUUGCUUUCUCUCAGGGUACCAUGGCCUCUCGUCUUCUGCAUCGCUUGCGGCACGCCCUGGCCCUAACCGGAGAGGGCCCGGGAGAGCCGGCCCCUGGCGCGGAGGCCGAGGAAUUCCCGGAGAGUUCCGAGCUCGAGGAGGAUGAUACGGAGGGCUUAUCCACUCGCCUCAGUGGCACCUUGAGCUUCACCAGUACCGAAGAUGAUGAGGACGAAGAGGAAGACGAAGAAAAUGCAGAUCCUCUAGGAUCAGGGGCCGCCCUGGGACGAAGACUUAAGAAUCCUGGAGAGGAAGGCGCUGGGGAGGACGGAGAUCGGAAUCCCUCAUCAGAUGGUCCCCGGAGCAGUAACCUUUUGACAAGGCAACUACAGGACUUCUGGAAAAAGUCAAAAAGUAACCUGGUGCCCCAGCGGCUGCUCUUUGAAGUGACCAGUGCCAAUGUCAUCAAUGAGCCACCCUCCAAGUACGUGCUCUACACCAUCGCCCUGAUAGGCCCUGGACCCCAGGAACACACGCCAGCUCAGAUUUCUCGGCGCUACUCUGACUUUGAACGACUACACCGGCAACUUCGGCAGCAGUUUCGUGGUCCUAUGGCUGCAGUUUCUUUUCCCCGAAAACGCCUACGGAGGAAUUUUACUGCUGAGACUAUUGCUCGGCGUAGCCGGGCCUUUGAACAAUUUCUGGGGCACCUACAGGCUGUGCCUGAGCUUCGUCAGGCACCUGAUCUCCAGGACUUCUUCAUUCUACCUGAGCUUCGACAGGCACAGAGACUCACCUGCACUGGUCUCUACCAGGAGGCCUUGAGGCUUUGGACCAAUGCCUGGCGCCUCCAGACUCAACUGGGCACUACAGGAGGGACCCAUCGGACACUACUGACUCUGGUAGGCUUGGCUGUGUGCCACCAAGAGCUGGAACAACCCAGCGAAGCAAGGCUGAACUGUGAGCAGGCUCUGCAGAUGCUGGGGACUAGUGAUUCUCAUCCCCUGCUGGGACCUUUUCUUGAGGCUCAUGUUCGCCUCUCCUGGAGGCUUGGCAUUGACAAGCGCCAGUCAGAGGCCCAGCUCCAGGCCCUACAAGAAGCUGGUCUCACCCCUACUCCACCCCCCAGCCUCAAGGAACUGCUUAUCAGGGAGGCCCUGGACUAAAAGAGCUUUCCAUCCUGACAGGGAUGUUAGUGGGAGAAGGUAGGAGAACAAAGGCUGACAGGAAUCCAAUAAAGGGUGGUAGGAACUAGAAAGAUCAUCGAAUUCAAAAGAGAUUUUAGAGAUUCCCUAGAAUAACCUCUCUGGAUCUGCUUGCUUCUCUCUAAAAUGGUCAUAUAACUUGCCCACGCUCACAGCAGUAGCAGAUCUUGAGACCCUCAUUUCUUUUCUGCCCUUUUCCCCAUUUUGCUGUGCCCUUGACUAGCCUGUGCUAUGGUCAGGCUUACCUGCAGGUGGCAGUAAUGGAAAAGGAGCAAGUCUAGCCUGUUUCUCUAGCUGCAAUGGACUCCUCCCCAGGUAAAGUUCAUAUCUCUGUUCUACCCUUUCCCAUAUGACUGAGGGACAGUCUCCUCAAAAGGCCAAGAGUAGUGGAGCAAUUGCUCUAGCCCGGGGGAAUAAAAAGGCUGAAACCUCCAAA